GCCCCGAGUGGGGUAGACCGGGCCGGACGGUUGGGCUGCGUGGCCUCGCGCUCCUCCUUCCCACGCAGGGUGCCCUGGCGUGGCCAGACUCGCUCGCCAUGGCGGCUGCGGAGGCGAGAAGUGUUUUCCACAGAGCCCGGGGCAGGACCCUGGACGCGUUUCUCGCAGAAAAAGAAAGGGAGUGGAAAGGCCCGUUCUACUUCAUCCAAGGGGCAGACCCCCAGUUUGGACUGAUGAAGGCCUGGUCCACUGGGGAGUGUGACAGUGGCGGUGACGAGUGGGGACAGGAGACGCGUCUAACUGAGCAAGCUGUCCGGGCCGUCAACAGGCUGAACCCCAAACCCAAAUUCUUUGUUCUGUGUGGGGACCUCGUCCAUGCCAUGCCAGGGAUGCCCUGGCGGAAGGAGCAGACGGAGGACCUGCAGCGGGUGCUCAGGGAUGUGGACAGUGAGAUCCCACUGGUCUUCGUCAGUGGCAACCAUGAUGUGGGCAACGUGCCCACCCCAGAGACCAUCGAGGAGUUCCAGCAGACUUGGGGAGAUGACUAUUUCAGCUUCUGGGUCGGGGGCGUCCUGUUCCUUGUCCUCAACUCCCAGUUCUUGUACGAUGCCUCCAGGUGCCCUGCCUUGAAGCAGGCCCAGGACCAGUGGCUGGACCAGCAGCUGAGCAUCGCAGGGCAGCGGAAGUGCCAGCACGCCAUCGUCUUCCAGCACAUCCCACUGUUCCUUGAAAGCAUCGAUGAGGAUGACGACUACUUCAACCUCAGCAAGCCUGUUCGGAAGGAGAUGGUAGACAAGCUCUCCAAAGCAGGUGUCAAAGCUGUGUUCUCGGGCCACUACCACAGGAACGCUGGGGGCAUCUACCAGAACCUCGACAUGGUGGUGUCGUCUGCCAUCGGAUGCCAGCUGGGCAAGGACACCCACGGGCUCCGAGUCGUGGUGGUCACCGCGGAGAAGAUCGUCCAUCGGUACUACAGUUUAGAUGAGCUGAGUGAGAAAGGGAUGGAGGAUGACCUGAUGGAUUUGCUGAAAGAAAAAUGAUUGCCAUUUAUGAUCUAUUCACUUCCGCUAUUUUAUUUUGCCAGAAACAGCAGCUGCAGACAACCACUUAUUGAAUAUAAAAGUAUACCAGGCAGAUUUGUGAAUUUAUGUUCUUUUGCAUAAAUCAGAGAGCUGGGUCGUAUCCUAAAUUAUAUCCAAAAUAGAACUGCCCUCCCUUUAAGAACGAGAAGGGGAGGAGUGGAGCCUGGGAAUAAAAGAAUAAAUGAUAUUGAAACAUC